AUGCACCAAGGCCGUCUCCUCUCUCAGGGGAGCGAGACGCAGACCGCGGCCCUCUCACAGGUGGGCUGGUGGGCCAAAGGGAAUACGCGCGGCUCCUGUGCGCGCCGGUCCAGCCAGGCCGACUGCCCAGCCCCAAGCGCCGUCCUCGUAAUCGUGUACGCAGCCGUAUACAACUUGUGUGUAUGUACCGUCUUGGUUAGCAGGCUGCAAAGGCUCCUCCCUGCUGCAGCCCCUGGUGUCUCACGUCUGCUAAAAACAGAGGCUGGUAAUUUCUCCUUUGCGGCCGUCUGCAACACCCCGACAGGGCCAGGGGGCGGCGACUUGAGCGACAGACACGACGGCUCUCUGCUUCGCCACACUCGCACGCAGGAACAAUUUCGGGCGGCCAAUUACCGCCGCGCCUCUAGACCGCUUGGGCCGCUGACUGAAGCACCCGUCCCAGCGCUUCGUAUCUUGUCGGGAACACGGCUGCCAUGGGAAUUGCUUACUCCUGCUCUACAUGCUCGCGCACUCCCGCUUCACCACCUCGACGAGGCCGCAGAAGUGCAACACGGACACGCGGCACCAGCAACGCCUGUCGCCCGUCACCGCUGCUGCUGGCACAUUAGCUCGCGGCAGAACAUGUCAACGUUAUGCCAUCCGGCAUUCUGCGGCACGACAAGUCUGGUCAAUGACCCCAUCCGUGCAUUCGGCACCAAUCCUCGCCCAGCGCCAAGACCCGGGCCCUGCCAGCCAAUCACGCGCCGCCUACACGUGCUCGCCCUUGCCGAGCUCGGCCCAUGA